UUCAUGUUGUUGGACUACUGCUGUCGUUGUUGUGGAUUCACACUCAUAAAACGCCAUGGACCCUUCGCCCUCAAGACUACACCCAGUGAUACCUGGGUUGUCCUGCAGAAUCUGUUGAUGUGCAUGGUGUGCUUCUACUCUCUCUACUACAUCGUAGUCAGUCUCUGCAUCGGACUGCUCAGGGUUCAUGAGAUCAACAGCUUGUUGGCUCCAUUCGACUACACAACACAACCAUCAUGGCAGAACCCCAAAUACCUUGUUGGUGUCAUUUCCACAGAAGUGACCUAUGUUUUAGGAGGGCUAGUAUUCGCCUGGAUCGUAGAGGAGUGGGUCUGGGAUUACGCCAUAACUGUCACAUUGCUGCAUGUCGCAAUGACUGUAGCAGUGAUGUCAGACUUCCCUUCAGCUGAGCACUGGUGGAUAGCUCUGGGUUCAGGCCUGGUGAUGAUGAUAUUCGGGGGACAGCUCCUGGCCUAUAAACUCUUCAGAAGCAACUUUGUCUAUCCAGCUGAACUGCAGAACUUUUAAUGAACACAAUGAGGAAAGCUUUUAACUGGCUUACCGGUUAAUCUCAGGUCCGGAUUCACCCCAAUGGGUUCACUUUGCAAAGAUUGCACUGCUAGGGACACAUUAACACUGGUAUGAACAACUAAAGUGUGUCUAUCAAGACACACUUUGACUACCAGAUAACUUUGUUCAUUACUGUCAGAUCCUUCAUUGUACAAAUAGCACAUAUCCCAAGUAUUUUUUGUAAAAUAUUCUGUACAUUUUAAUAUUGUUUUGUAUUUUUUCUUUACAAACUUCAUACUGUAAACAAAAUAUGUUGGUAUAAAUGACACCUGUAGCAGUCUGUAAAAGACUUUACAGAAAAUAGGUACUACCAGCAAAUCUACAGACUGAUAUUUAUGGUGGUGAGUUAAGUGUAUUUCCAGUUGUAAUAUCAGUAUAAUAUUUAGAAUGUGAUCCAUACCAGUUUUGUAAAGUCUGUAGUGUAGUAGUCUGAUAAAGAAAAUAACUUCAGAAAAUGAUGAGAUGAGAAAUUCAUGUUUGCAGGAACAAACCCAAACCCAUUGUAACCUGAUCUUCACAUGCCUAUCUAAAUAUGAGCAGAUUCUGUUGGUUUCAUGUUUAGGUGCAAUGAAAACUUCACAUCUACACCACAAAUAAUGAUUUUAA